CACUUACGUGUUUUUUAAAACAGAGUUUAUUCACGACCUUGGCAAGCGUUUUCCUAUCACGAUUUCAAAAUGGAGACCGAUGUCCCGCAUGUCCAAGUAAAAUUUUAUACAAAACAGUCCAGAUAUUCUGUGCCGGAUACACCAUUUUCAGUACCAGCUACAGUUCAAACAGAUGAUCUUAGCUCUCUUAUCAAUGGACUCAUCUCUGAACCUCUUGAGACUGAGACAAAUUUAGAGUUUGAUUUUCUUGUGGAAGGAGAAUUUCUACGAAUUUCUUUAGAAAAACAUCUUGAGCAGAAAAAUAUAUCCACAGAAAGUGUAGUAGAGAUAGAGUAUGUAGAGAGACAUCCAGCACCAAGACCAGAAGAUUCACUGAACCAUGAUGACUGGGUCAGCUGUGUACACUCCACAGGAAAUAAGAUACUUACAGGUUGCUAUGACAACACACUACGGCUUUGGACAACUAAGGGAGAUUCUAUAUUAACAAUUCCUGGUCAUACUCAACCUGUUAAAUGUGUGUCCUGGAUUAAGAAUGAUUCCAGUGAUAAACAAAGUUUUAUGUCUGGGUCACAUGACCAGACUGUGUUGCUAUGGCAAUGGGAUGAGAAGAGUAAUGAGGUAGACUGUGUACACUCAUGUCGUGGUCAUGCAGGUAGUGUUGAUUGUGUGGCGGUAGACCAGUCUGGACAAAGGUUUUGUAGUGGAUCGUGGGAUAAAAUGUUAAAACUUUGGUCAGCAGUGAUAAAUCACGAUGAAGAAGGCCCUGAGGAAGAGGAAAACCCAAAGAAGAAAAAGAAAACAAGUGGACAGAAGGUUCAAACACGUGUACCUAUGUUAACAUUGUCUGGACAUUCGGAGGGUGUGUCAGCUGUAGCUUGGUUAGAGGAACAGGAAGUGUGCACGGCAUCAUGGGAUCACACCAUACGACUGUGGGAUCUCGAGAAAGCAGCUCAAAAAUCAUCUUUACAAGGGAACAAAGUAUUUUUGGACAUGUCAUACUCACCCAUGAAUAGAUUGUUGGUUACAGGAUCUUCUGAUAGACAUGUACGACUCUGGGAUCCUAGAUCCUCAGAUGGAGCAAUAGUAAAAUGUAGCUACACCUCACACAGUGGCUGGGUGUCCAGUGUAGCUUGGUCAGCUUCAAAUGAACAUCAAUUUAUAUCUGGUUCCUACGAUAAUCUGAUGAAACUCUGGGAUAAAAGAAGUCCAAAAGCACCAUUAUUCAAUCUGGUUGGACACACAGAUAAGAUACUGGCUGUUGAUUGGUCAAUUCCUACCUUAAUGAUGUCAGGAGGUGCAGACAAUCAGUUGAGGCUCUUUCAAUAUGAUGAAUUAAAAACAUCACCAGGAUCUUGACCAUUUUUGUUUGUUGCAUUUUUAAAUUGAUAAUAAUAAAAGAGAUGAUCAGUAAAA